GCUGUUGUUGCUGCGAUCUGUUUUGGUUUUUUUAGGAGAAAGACAUGGCGCCGAUGCUGCAUCACAUCAUCUCAUGACAUUUUAAUGUUUGAGCUCAUGCUGAAUUUAAAUGGCAAUGAUAGACGCAUUUUGUGCAGCUGUUGCUGACGGAAAUCUAGAGUUGGUGAAGGGAUUUAUAUCGAGAAGAGCUGAUCCGAAUCAGAAGUCAUCAGAAGGAUUUCUUCCAUUGUGUUUGGCAGCAUUUUGGGGCUACAGCAAUAUAGUUAAACUUCUCCUUGAAUAUGGAGCAAGUGUGAAUGGACAAAAUAAUGGGACAUUUUGGACACCAUGCCACUGUGCUGCCUUUCAGGGACAUGGGAAAGUCAUCAUGACACUUUUAGAGUAUAAUCCAAAUCUGCAAUUAAAAGAUGAUUUAAACAGAACCUGCAUAGACUUUGCUUCUGCACUUGACUCUAUCUGGCCUCAUUUUGCAGCAAAAGGAUGUAAAAGAACUACAAAGGAAAAUCUGAUUCGCCUGAAAAUUGUAGAGAAGGUAGUGGCCAGGAAUGAUCCAUAUUCAUUUGGCAUGGAGACACCUUAUUUUUCACGUCCUGGCUCUGCAUACGUUGUUAAAUCACAGCCACUAUAUGGAAAAAGUAGAACGCUUAAAACUGAAAAUGAUUCCAAGGGUGAUUUGUCCGACAAGCAGUAUCUUGCUUUGAAUCAUGGGGACGUUUUAAAUGAGGCUUCUGGAACUGAUCAUCUGACUUCUACCCCUAGCUCUGUUCCACGAUUUUCAGCCUGGAGGACGUAGUGUUUAACUGAAUAUUUUUAUAUCGCAAGGGAGGGUGUGAGAGACAAAAACAAAUGGUGGAAAAGGGAGAUCGUUAGUUGAGAAGGAUAUCCUGCCAUGUAAGGGGUAUCAGGUUUUUUAUUUAGUGUGACAUGAAAAUUUAUGAGAAAUUAAUUUUCUCAUUUAUUUGAUAAGUAAUUUAUAGUUAAAAUUAAUGUCAUUCUUUAGCUUUAAUGUAAAGUCCCUGUUCAUUAACUCAAUGACGGACAACUCUAAACCGCCUUAAAAUUUGCCCUCAUUCUGCCCCAAAGUUUAUUUACUAUGUUCAAUGUUAUGUAGAAACGAUCUCGAAACAAUUUAGGUUUACUCAGGCGUCCGUUAAAUUAAAGUUUAAUUUUACUUUCAAUUUGGCUACUUAGUAGAGACUGGAUAGUCCUAUAGCUCGCAUUCAGUAAGCCAAGAAUACACUGGGGCAGCUUUUGUGCCUAUUAUAUGAAAUACUCCUACGAAUAAUAAUCUAGAUUAAUAAGCGAUUUUUAUGAUAAUAAUUGUUGAUAUAAAAAUGGCAGUUAUAUUUGUAUUAUUUUUCAGA